UCAGAAAAAUUGUCCAGAGUUUGGGGGUAUGCUGAUGGCAUUCAGCUCUACUACUCCUUUCUAUUUAAUUCUGAGGAAGCUAUUUCUGUACUAAACUGGCGUCUUGCAGCUGCAAUUAACUGUAUGUGGGCAAAUAAAUUGAUGAUUAAUCCAAACAAGGCAGAGGUGGUCCUGGUAAAUUGAAAAACAGGUCUGGAAACACCCUAUGUAAAAUGGGAUUGCAUUCCCCCUUGAAAACUCAGGUUUGCAUUUGGGGUGUAUUCCUGGCUCCAGCUCUGAGGACAGGUUUCAGCAGUGGCCAAGAGUGUUUUUUUUUUUGCAAUAGAGAAAUCAGAUCUGACCAAAGUGGUCCAGACUUUGAUUAUGUCUCCUUUGGAUUACUGUGAUGCACUUUAUGGGGUCUGCCUUUUAAAAGUGUUCAGAAGCUUCACUUGGGCCAAAGAGCUGCAGUCAGAUUAGUACAGAGGGACUGACUACAGGGAGCACACAACUCCUUUGUUAUAACAGAUCUACUGGCUGUUAGUUUGCAUCCUGGCACUAUGAAGACCUAUAUGGCUUAGGUGCAGGAUAUUUAUGAGCCUGUUAGCACGCUGAGGUUGUCUGGAAAGGUCUUGCACUCUGUCUUGCCACUUUCUCAGGCUGGCUUGGUGGGCAAAAAGGAAAGAGUCGCUUUACAGUGGCUGCUCCCAGGCUUUUGAAGUCCCUCCUUAGGGAAGCUAGGAUGGCAAGAAAAAAUAUUUCAAUAAUAAUAACAACAAUGAUAAUUCCUCUUGAGUUACAAACAAAUCUGCCAUGACAUAAAGUAUCCUUACUUUUGCAUGCUUUACAUUCACAGUGUUUGUUAGUGAGCAAGAAUGACUAUCUCCUUUUAUCCUGUCACAAAUAUGCACUGGUUUAUUAAUAGACACCACACCUCCUCAGUUUACAACAAGCUAUUACUGUAAAGCUUUGCAAGCUAUCUUUUAGUCUUUACCCUUUAACCUUAACUGCUUUACACCUCAAUUAAAUUACAUGUGCAUGAUUUUUUUCUGUGCCAGUUUCCAGUGAAUCGGGGCAUAUUAUGUGAUGAAAGAGCAAUGAAAAUAAUUUCCUCACUCUUGGAAGAGACUUUUGAAAUUGAGUUGCAAGGGCAACAAUUAGGCAGAUAAAAUUGCAAUCUGAAUCUGUGAAAGCUCAUACAGGCUUUGAGCAAGGGAAUCAGUAACAAGUUCCCUAUGGUGUUUUCAGUUCACAGGAUGAUUUCCAAAUGGCUAACAUGAUUCCUUUACAUUUAAGAUGAAGCAAAGUUAGAUUUUGGCUCCUGUUGCUGACCCCUUUGUCUGGAUUUACUCGAUCUGGAAUGAUUCAUUUCAACUGAGAGAUUAUUUUUUAUUUAAAAAAUUGUUCCGUGAUCCUCAACAUGGAAAGGAAUUUAAAGAAUAUCCUGGUUGUUUCGUUUGGAUUCUUAUUUCUAUUUACUGCUUAUGGAGGACUCCAGAGCCUACAGAGCAGUCUCCAUGAUGUAGAUGGGCUGGGUGUCGCUUCUCUGAGUGUCAUCUAUGCAGCGCUGAUCCUGUCCUCCAUGUUUCUCCCACCCAUCCUCAUUCAGAAGCUUGGAUGCAAAUGGACCAUUGUAGGCUCCAUGUGCUGCUACAUUGCAUAUUCCUUGGGCAACUUUGCUGCCAGUUGGUAUACAUUGAUCCCUACAUCUUUUAUCUUGGGGCUGGGAGGAGCACCCCUUUGGUCAGCUAAGUGCACAUAUCUCACCAUUGCUGGCAACUCAUAUGCUGAGAAAGCAGGGAAACUUGGAAGAGAUGUGGUCAACCAGUAUUUUGGAAUCUUCUUCCUGAUAUUUCAAUCGUCUGGAAUCUGGGGGAAUCUGAUAUCAUCCUUGGUAUUUGGCCAGACACCAAACAAAGCAAACAUCUCAGAAGCUGUUCUGGCAUGCUGUGGUGCAGCAGACUGCAUAAACAUCACAGCAGAUGAUUCAAAUACAUCUGGACCAACGCAAACCCUAAUCUACAUACUGCUAGGAAUCUACACAGGCAGUGGAGUGUUUGCUGUGAUUCUAGUUGCUGUAUUUCUAGAUCCAAUUUCAGCUCAUCAAAAGGAGAAUGAAGUAAAGAGGACGCCAUCCUUUUGGUCUACUUUCUUGGCUACAUUCUGGCAGCUUAAAGACAUUCGCCAAUGCCUCUUGAUACCACUGACUAUGUACAGUGGCUUUGAACAAGGAUUUCUUGCUGGGGACUACACCAAGUCCUAUGUGACCUGUGCCCUUGGGAUAAAUUUUGUUGGCUAUGUGAUGAUCUGCUUUGCUGGUGCAAAUUCUCUCUCUUCCAUGUUCUUUGGAAAGAUUUCUCAGUUCACUGGCCGGAAUGUCCUGUUUGUUUUGGGUGCAGUGCUUAACCUUGCUUGUAUAAUAACAUUCCUGCUUUGGAAACCUCACCCACAGCACCUCGCUGUAUUCUUCAUAUUGCCAGCCAUCUGGGGAAUGGCUGAUGCUAUCUGGCAGACACAAACCAAUGCUCUCUAUGGAAUUUUAUUUGAAAAGCACAAAGAAGCAGCAUUUGCUAAUUAUCGCCUGUGGGAAUCACUGGGAUUUGUCAUCGCCUUUGGCUACAGCACCUUUUUAAGUGUCAAUGUGAAAUUGUAUAUUGUUUUGACUGUACUGGUGGUGUCUAUGGUCCUAUAUGAAACAGUUGAAUACCUAGAAUCCAAGAAUUCUCCUAGAACAGACAGCCUUGAAAAGGAAAAAAAAGCUGAAAGUCAGCAAAAUGCUCAACAAACUCAGUUGUAAACCAGCAAGGCCAUUGAAGACUGGAUCCCAGCCCUAAUUUUACACAUGCAUUUUCAUGAGCUGCCAGGAAAUCUAAUGACAAUGUGGAAUCUGGAAAGCAACAGUACAGGAGAAAAUCAAUGACUGGUGGUGGGAACUAGUGACUCCCAUGUUGGUGCAGCUCUGAAUCUGAUAUGGGUUUUAUUCUGAAAUUUAAAAGAGCCCUCCAAGGUGCUGAAUCUACUUCAGGGACAUGGGCUAGCAUUCUUGAAAACUUUUUCAGUAUUUGGAAAGGAUUAACCAUUCUGCUUGACAGUGAAGAAGAAUUCAAAGGAACGGAUAUUACAAUGAUUUGUGCAACAUUUUCAUGGGAAUUAUGUUUUUGGUAACAUUUUACAGAGUUUUUUGUAGAACAAUAUAUAGAUAUAGAUAGGCUUGCAACUCCUACAAUUCUCCAGCCAUUAUAACAAAAAUAUUUUCCAAACUCUAUUAGGGUAUAUAUAUACUGUUGAAUUAAUACAGUUGACACCAGUUUAACUUUCAUGGCUCAAUGCUGUGGAACCAUGUGAGCUGUAGUUUUACAAGUCGUUGAAACUUCUGUGCCAAAAAAUGCUCGUGAUUUUCCAAACUACAACCCCAGGAUUCUGUAGCAUUGAUCCAUGACAAUCAAAGUGGUAUCAAACUGCAUUGCUUCUACAAUGUAGAUGCACCCUUUCUUGCUGCUUGUAACAAGAUAAAAUCAAUCUUGUUUUAUAUUUUAUUUGAUUUUGAAAUCUCACUAAGAGAAUCAAUACACAUUGUGAACACAAAACACUUUAUUUUGCUAAACAUCUCCUGUACUAAUUAAUAAGUAUUAGUCCUGAAAUGCUUCUCAUUAAGUUCUCUUAGCAGUUUACCAUAUAACUAAGCUGUAUUUCAUUGACUCGUGUAAUUUUUGAUCAACAGGUAUCUCAAGCGUGGCCACUGUCAGUUGUAAGCGGCUUACAGCAAAUAAAAUAAAUACAACUAUAUACCUUUCAAAUCCUUUAUUGAAUUUGUAUAAACAAUAAAAAGGAUAGAAAAGGGGAGAACAGAUAAGCAUCUCACACAGCCAACUCCCAACAUGCUUUUUAAAAAGCAUAGUUUUAUGAAUCUUGCCACCAAAAAGAGAAUUAUAAGAAAGUGGAAGUUGAUAAAAUAAAGGACAAAAAUUCCUAGAUGCAUUUGGGAAGGAGCUAUCAGGUGCAUUGUGUCCUUGUCAUCUGGU